GUGAAGUUCAAUUUGGUUCGGGAAGAAAGUGUAAUUGUAAAUUAUACAGAGCUUCUACUGUACCAUUUCUUAAUUGUGAUUGUGGCGUACGCAGGAGUUAAAUUCUCAGCACCAGUUCUUAUGGAGUUUUGCAAUUUAAAAGCGAUGAAGAUGACGAUAUUGAUGAGCGUGGCCGCGUGUAUCGUGUUCGUGGUGAUGACGGUCAUACCGCGCUGUGACCACGGGGAGGUGGCGGGGCUCAGCGAGACUGUCUAUGAACACCCGGAGUGUAGUUUAUCUUGCAACUGUCACCCCCGUUGGAAUGAGUUUCAACCGGUGUGUGUGAUGGACAAGAUGGUGACGUACGUGUCCCCGUGCCAGGCUGGUUGUAGAAGCACGGAAACCAUUAAUGGCUUUUUCGUGUACUCAAACUGCACGUGCUCCGCCGGCGGCCACGCGCAGCUCGGCGCAUGCAGCAACGUCCGCUGCACUCAGUCGUUUCAUCUUCAUGGAAUGUUGUUGUAUACUGUAAUUACUUUCACAGUGCUAGUUUUCCAAGCUCAAGGGGUCUUGCUCCUCCGCAUUGUGGACCAGCGGGACAAGUCCGUAGUGAUGGGGCUAGCGUGGUCGAUGGUCGCCUUCAUUUGUUUUGUCUGUGGACACUUAAUUUUUAUCGGAAUAGGAUUGGCAACCUGCAAUUGGUAUGAAGUGGAGAAGUGUCACUUACAAAACCACCUCUACCCUACAUUCAUCGGUGGGACGUCUGCCUUGUUAGCCUUAUUAUCUAUUAUCAUUAGCAUCGGUUCUUACAUCUGUCUUCGAGUGUCGAAUAAAAUGUCGUCUGAUCGGGAGCAACUUGCACGUGGAAAUGAUGGGGCCAAUGGUACGGACGAAAGCUGUCGAGACCCGUUCAUCAAUGAAAAUGUAAAAAAUCGAGUACUGUCAUGGUUCAAUCCGAAAAAGUUCGACCCUCGCAAACUCCGAGGGGUGUUGAUGGGUGUGACGAUAAUAACUACGGUAGGAGAGAUCUGUACAUACAAAUUGCUAGUACAGGACAUAAAAAGCGGCGAAAUUCCUUUUUAUACACCAGAUUUAAUGAUUGUAGCGUUAUCGAUAUUCGAAGCUCUUGUGGCUCCGUUCGUUUCAUGGUGGGGCUAUGGUCAACGGCGGACGAUGCUCCUUGCAUACUCAUCCCUAGUUACGGUGUGUAGCAUCUCAUGGUUCUUCAUCCCAAAUGUGGAAGAAAGAUCUGUUUCUGAAUUAUGUGGAGCUGCAGAACAAAUCAAUAUUAAAUUUGAGGGUACGACCACACGAUCGAUAACCAGAUUAUCGAUCCUCACGUGCACUGGCGUGUCCUUCAUACUCGCUCGCACCGGGUGCUGGAGCCACGGCAUUGCGUACAGCGACGAGUAUGCUCCUUCGAGGACUAGUGUGCAUUAUGGAGUGGUUCUUUUAUCUCGAGUAGUGGUAUUGAUAAUUGGUGAAAGGAUCAUGACAAGCCUUCUGGAGACGAACUUGUCUAUACAGACAUUGAUCUUGGUACUGAGUCUAGCUGUUAAUGUGAUACAAUUACUGUUUAUAGUACCCAAAGUAGUGCCUGAAGUAGAUGGAGUUCAGAGGACUGCUUUAAGUGAUGAGGACAGGGGUUUCUUUUUAAGUUUAGGAAGAGUGAUGUGUAACUCUGUAGCAAUAACACAGAUGUUAGCGAUGGGACUCAUGGCGGCCGCGCUAUGGGGGUAUGUGUACAAUGAAAGCGAAAUUGUUAAGGUGAAGUUCAAUUGGGUUCGGGAAGAUAAUGGAAUUGUAAAUUAUACAGAGCUUCUAUUGUACCAUUUCUUAGUUGUAAUUGUGGCGUACGCAGGAGUUAAAUUCUCAGCUCCAAUUCUUAUGGAGUUUUGCAAUUUAAAAGCGAUGAAGCAGACGAUAUUGAUGAGCAUGGCCGCGUGUAUCGUGUUCGUGGUGAUGACGUUUAUGCCGCGCUGUGACCACGGGGAGGUGGCGGGGCUCAGCGAGACGGUCUUCGGACACCCGGAGUGUAGUUUGCCUUGCAACUGUCUCCCCCGUUGGAAUGAGUUUCAACCGGUGUGUGUGAUGGACGAGAUGGUGACGUACCUGUCCCCGUGCCAGGCUGGUUGUAGAAGCACGGAAACCAUUAAUGGUUUUUUCGUGUACUCAAACUGCACGUGUACCGCCGGCGGCCGCGCGCAGCUCGGCGCCUGCAGCAACGUCCACUGCCAUGACUCGUAUCAUCUUCAUGGAAUGUUGUUGUUUAUAAUAACUACUUUCACAGUGCUAGUUUUCCAAGCUCAAGGGGUCUUGCUCCUCCGCAUUGUGGACCAGCGGGACAAGUCCGUAGUGAUGGGGCUAGCGUGGUCGAUGGUCGCCUUCAUUUGUUUUGUCUGUGGACACUUAAUUUUUAUCGGAAUAGGAGUGGCAACCUGCAAUUGGUAUGAAGUAGAGAAGUGUCACUUACAAAGUCACCUAUAUCCUUCAUUCAUCGGUGGGACGUCUGCCUUGUUAGCCUUCUUAUCUAUUAUCAUUAGCAUCGGUUCUUACAUCUGUCUUCGAGUGUCGAAUAAAGUUAAAUUAGACCAAAAUACACGAUUA